GUCAAGGGCAGCAAGCUCGUGGGCGAGCACGGCAAGCCGGUGCGCUUGCGGGGCGUCUCCCUCUUCUGGUCGCAGUGGAUGGGGAAAUACUGGACUGCGGACGUGGUCAGGUGGCUCAAGAAGGACUGGCACGUCUCCUUGAUCCGCGCGGCGAUGGCCGUGGAGAGCGGCGGCUACAUCGACAACCCUGGCGCCGAGCGGCAGAAGCUGGAGGCGGUCGUGGAUGCAUGUAUCGAAGAGGGCGUUUACGUGAUCAUCGAUUGGCACGACUACCACGCCGAGAAUCACCUCGAGGACGCGAAGGCCUUCUUCGGGGAGAUGGCGAAGAAGUACGGAGACGAGCCCGCCGUGCUGUUCGAGACCUUCAACGAGCCCCAGCAGGAGGGCUGGAAGAGCCAGAUCGAGCCCUACCACGAGCAGGUCGUGAAGGAGAUCCGCAAGCACUCGGACAACGUCAUCAUCCUGGGCACCAGGACGUGGUCCCAGGAGGUCGACAAGGCCUCCAAGCACCCUGUACCAGGCGAGAACCUGGCUUACACCGUCCACUUCUACGCAGCCUCGAUGGGACAGGAGCUGCGGGACAGGGUCGUUGCGGCGCUGCGCAACGGCGUCGCCGUCUUCGCCACGGAGUGGGGCACCUGCGAGUACACCGGCGACGGUCGCGUGGACCUGGGCUCGACGCAGGAGUGGCUCGAUUUCCUGGAGGAGCACCAGAUCUCCGACGCCAACUGGGCCAUCAGCGACAAGCCCGAGGCCUGCUCGGCGCUGCGCGACAGCGCCAGUGCCUCCGGGGGCUGGUCCGAGGAGGACCUCACCGAGUCGGGCGCGUUCGUGCGCGGCUCCAUCCGGGAGCGCGCGCACGCGGCCCCCGGCGGCGGGGACGUCACGGAGGCGUUCGUGAGGAAGCACUCCCUGCACCGCGGGCUUCUCCGCGCUGGCGGC